AUGGGCUCUCCACUCGAAUCACAACCAAAGCCUGGCAAAGUGAGAUUCAUUCCUCUAAGUUACAAUCAAAGCGAUUCACAAACAUCGGCCCUACGUUUGAUCCUCACACUCCGACCAGAUUGGGAAAAUACCGAUGGAAAAAUCGAAUUUAUACGUUUUACUGAUGGCAUAACCAAUACACUGUUAAAAGUCAUUAACAAGAGGCCCAAUCUGUCACCGGAGGAAAUUGACGAUGAAGCCGUCUUGCUAAGAGCAUAUGGUCAAGGUACGGAUUUGAUAAUUGAUCGAGAACGCGAGACUCAAAAUCAUGAGUUACUCAUGCAAUACAAUCUUGCUCCAGCUUUGUUGGCCAGAUUUCAUAAUGGAAUGCUUUAUCGAUUCAUUCAAGGAUCUGUGACAUCACCAGCGGAUUUACAACGAAAGGAAAUAUGGAGAGCCGUUGCCAAACGAUUGGCAGAAUGGCAUGCUGUUGUUCCCUGUUUACCAUCUGCCAGAGCACCACUAUCCGCGGAAAUUGUUGGAAGCGAAGAAAUAGGUAUCUCAGCACCAACACCCAGUAAAAAGGAUCCAGCUUUACAAUCUGCGAUUGAUUCUGUUGCGCCUGGGAAGCUUGCUCCCAAUGUUUGGACAGUAAUGCAAAAAUGGAUAUAUGCACUUCCCACCAAGACAGAAACCGAAAAGUCAAGACAAGCAAGCCUUCAAAAGGAGUUGACCAAAAUAGUCGAGGAGUUUAGUAAUCGACCUGGCUUGGGUAAAGAUAGCCUCGUAUUUGCCCAUUGCGACCUCCUAAGUGGAAACGUAAUCAUCCAACCCAAAAAAACUGGCACCACAACUCCCUCGGACAAAGAAAUCGUCAGUUUCAUAGACUACGAAUACGCAACCCCCUCACCCGCCGCCUUCGACAUAGCAAACCACUUCGCCGAAUGGGGCGGCUUCGACUGCGAACACCAUCUCCUACCCGCGAAAUCCCAGCGUCUCGAUUUCAUCCGCGAAUACAUCCGCAGCUACUUCUCCUUUCAGAAACCAGAUUCCCCUGUAGACGAGGAAACGGAAAUCAGAAAGUUGUUCGAUGAAGUCGAUGUCUGGCGCGGUAUCCCGGGGUUCUAUUGGGGGAUUUGGGCGCUCAUCCAGGCUACCAUUUCGCAAAUCGACUUCGAUUACGCGUCGUAUGCCGAGGUGAGACUGGGCGAGUAUUGGGCGUGGAGGGCCGAGGGGGAUGGGAGUCGUGUUGCUGAGGGGAGGGAGAUCUCGGUUAGGGAACGGAGGUGGGCUGAGGAGUCUUGA